CGCGCCGCGGCUCCCAUCAGGAAGUGAAUCUAAAGCGAAAAGCGACUGUGGAGGUAGAAUGACAUAGAGAGAGGGGGGGAGAGAAUCGAGCAGAAAUAAGGGCGACUUUAAACGCGGAGGGAGGAAUCCGACCCUGGGAGCGGCGCCUGUCUGGGAUAAAGGUCCACUGGAGCUGUGAAAUAACAGGGGGGAAAAUGCUCAUAAAAGAAUAUCGAGUGAUUCUUCCCAUCUCUGUGGAAGAGUACCAGGUCGGCCAACUAUACUCGGUGGCAGAAGCCAGCAAGAAUGAGACAGGCGGAGGCGAAGGGGUCGAAGUUUUAAAAAAUGAACCCUAUGAGAAGGAUGGAGAGAAGGGGCAGUACACACACAAAAUUUACCAUUUGCAGAGUAAAGUGCCGUCAUUCGUCAGAAUGUUGGCUCCGUCUUCAGCUCUGAACAUCCAUGAGAAAGCCUGGAACGCAUACCCUUAUUGUCGUACAGUCAUCACUAAUGAGUAUAUGAAAGAUAACUUCCUGAUCAAGAUCGAGACAUGGCACAAACCUGACAUGGGACACCAGGAAAAUGUACACGGUUUGGAUGCAGAAACCUGGAAAAAGGUGGAUAUAGUCUAUAUUGAUAUUGCAGACAGAAGCCAGGUGGAGCCAAAGGACUACAAGCCAGAAGAGGAUCCAUGCAAGUAUAAGUCAGCAAAGACAGGACGAGGGCCUCUAGGACCUGACUGGAAGAAAGAGCUUCCUAACAAGAAAGACUGCCCACACAUGUGUGCCUACAAACUGGUCACUGUCAAAUUCAAGUGGUGGGGUCUGCAGAAUAAAGUGGAGAACUUUAUUCAGAAGCAAGAGAAGCGCUUGUUCACAAAUUUCCACCGCCAACUGUUUUGCUGGAUUGACAAGUGGAUUGAACUGAACAUGGACGAUAUUCGUCGCAUGGAGGAGGAGACUCGUAGGGAGCUAGAUGAAAUGAGAGUGAAGGAUCCUGUGAAAGGAAUGGUGGCGUUGGAGGACUAAGACUGUCUUGGACGUAAAUGCUGCCGAUCGUCAGAUUAGAGCUGAAACCAGCGCAAUCAAUCCUCCUUUUGUCUCAAAUGAUACAACGUCUGACUGGACAGUCCAAGUCUUACUCAUCGGAGUUCAUUUUGGUCUUCAGUGACCCGAAUCCAGUACACUCUCAGUUUUGAGCUGAUCUCCUCCACACUGUCCAUCCUUCCUUUAUCCCAUUUGUCUCUCUUUUUUUAAUUCAUCUGUUGUACCCAUUUAGAUUAGUAUUUAAAUGCCACCUGUAGCACCAUUACUUAUAAUGUCAAUCAUUCAAUAAAUGUAUGUCUCAGAUUUGUUCUAAAUUACAGAUAAUAGUGAAAACACUGUUAAUUUAGGCCAUAUUCUACCUAAGAUUAAGAUGUUGCAUCUAUAGAGUGUACUGUAGUCUGUACUUCUAAUCAGUCAGAAAGGUUUUUUCCUGAUCUAAAUGCCCUCCUACAUCAAGGCAGUUUGUUUUCUGCUGCUUGGUGAGUUUGUGUGUGUGUACGCUUCUGUUUUGUGGUUGUGUGUGUUUCUACAGAGCAUAAUUGGGCAUCAUUGAUAUUUCCAGCCAUGUUUUUCUUCAAACAUACAUUCUAGCUCUGGUGAAUAUGCAGUAAUUUGAUCAUCAUGUCUGAAUUUAUUAAUAUUUAGACAGAUUACCCUGAAUUGUCUAAAUGUUCAACACAGCUUAGCUGAAUAUUUACAGUAAAUCUGAACAGCCAUAAAUAAGUUGAGGACUGUGUUAUUUAUUUUUUUUUUCUUGUGGCAUCAUUUUCCAGUGGAUAAAUGGUCUUAUCCAGCAAAAGCAAUAACUAUCAUGACAUGUUAGGCUCCUUUUUAAUGUCAAAAAGCUGUUUUAGUUCUCAGUGUGUUCCUGCUGUAAGGUCAGUGUUUUUAAAGCAGAGUGAAUGUCAGGAGCCAAUGAAUUUGAAGGAAAGUCAGUUCAAAGCUGGUUUUCAUGUGUCAGUUAUUCAAUAGUCUUUAUGUUUUUCCUUUUAACACCCUCACCAAUUUCUGUCUAUAUGAUUAGAAGAGAAUGAUUGAUGUUUAGUGGUGUGACGAUUUAUAGAGAACUGAUUAUCGACUCGGAAAGUUAUUAUAUUGUUUUUGUUGUCUCCUUUUUGUCUGUUGUCAAAACUUAAAUUUUUUUCCUUCUUAUAUUCUUUUAGUUAUUCUUUUUGUUUUCGUUUAUCUUAUUAUUUAAUGUAUUCAGACAAAACAUAUAUAAGGAGAUCAUAUAGAGAAGCUAGUAAGUUAGUUUGGUCCUUAUUUUAUAUAUUUGGCUGAACCUAAAAACAAACAGGUUGGUACAGCAGUUGUUUUACUCUACAAUACUAAAACAAAUUAAAAGAUAAAUUAUCAAAAGGAUUGUAUAGAUAUUUGCAGCAUAUAAAUUGAAAUGCUCUGUCUAAGGGCUUCUCUUUGGCUUUUAUUGGAUAUUAAUAUACCAUAAAAAAACUAACUGUAGUUUGUUUAAAAAGAAAGCAGGAUGGUGUAUUUAUAGUUUCAGUUUGCAAUUUCACAAGGCUUUACUGAUCUUCCUGUUAUAGAAUUUGUACACAAUGACACUUGAUAGGAAUUAGGGUGAGUCAUCUCCCAUGUUGUCUUUUACUUAAUUUAGACCUAAAAUAGACAUCAUUUCCAGGAAGAUUCCAGGCCAGAAAUUAUAUAGAUUUUAUUUCAGUUUCUUUCAUUUAUAGAAAUUCAGCCCUUUAUUUUUCUGUUUUAUUUGUCUGGUAGUAAAACAUCAAACUGAACUGAUAUGUUGGUGAAAUAUACAAAUAAUAUAUUAAAUAAAGAGAGCCCCUAUUAUUAUCUAGGCUUUUAAGAAUAUUCUUUAAAAUGUCAUUAGUCUUAUUUUUCUAUGAUGUAUUACGUUCAAAAACGUAUCAAAGACCUAAAAUAUCACAACCGAUAAACACAUGAUUUGAUUAAUAGUUAUAUAUAAUUCAGAAUUUAUUUAAAAUGCUAAUAAAAACAAACAGUAAAUUAUAAUAUCAAUUAUUUUAUGGAUUUUUGAAAAUGUUGGAAAAAUAAAUUUAUAUAUAAAAUAUAUUUAAAUGGUGUCAUUAGUAAAAACAUGUAGUAAUGUACUUAGAAGUCACACUAUUCAUCUACAGCCCUUACUUAGACAAUGUUAGCCCCGCCCACUUGCUUUUAUACAUACAGGUGGAAAACUAAUAAAACAAAUUCAUGAUUGACCUGCAACAAAGGAUUCAAUACUGAAAUAUUUAAGCAUCUACUUAACGUAAUGAAAGCACAUUUUAAGUAAGGAUUUUUGACAGUGAAAUAUAUUUUUGAUUAUUUUUAUAAACUUAAAUUAUAGAUACUAUUAUUUUCUGUGCUUAAUGAAAACACUUUAUUCAAAUUAAAUACCAUGAAUGAAUGUUUUAUUUGACUUUUUUUUUCUGUGUUGAAUUGUGGAGCGUCUGGCCCUCCGUAUCCUGCAGCUGCGUUGUCUUUUACCUUCUCAUCAAAGAGACCAACGUCCGUGUCUAUGUCCAUUGAUCAUUCCACUCUGUCAGGGUCUAUCAAUUGAAUCAUGGAGAUUUGUUGAUGCACUGUGUGUACUGACUUUGUAAAUAGUAAAUAAAUUAAUGUAGAUGAACACACAUAUAUAUAGAUGAGACUGUCCUGCCCAGUGUGCAGCACAUCCUGUCCGACCAUGAUCUCCCCUUUUGACCCAUCGCUGAAUAUCCUCAUAGAAAUACUCCAGUGAGAAAAAGUAGAGCGGUAGCAGCUGAAAUUUAGUGUGGGUAAGAAAUUGUGAAUAACAAAAAAAUGUAUUUAUUUAAAUAAGACCCAUUUUUUACAUAUAAAAAUUUAGAAACAGCUAGAAGCUGAGCUUUGCUAUUUGUAUUCACAAGAGAACAUUUGAACUGAAACAAGCACCUUGUUCACUGACACAUGUCCUUUUAUUAAUCCCUCAGAGGGGACAACAUCUCACUGGCAGGACAGUGUAUAAAUAUAUAUUUUUGUUCUUAAUGUUGUAGUACCUCUGUUGUCAGUCUCUGGAUUUCACUCUCUUCUCUCACUGAAAGGUUAAAAUAGCUCGGGUCAGUGCACUGAUUCCUCUCGCCGACUGAUGGUGUCAAAGUGGAUCCUCGGAGCAUGUAGGAUUGUUUUGUUGUCAUGAGCCAUGAAGGGUGAUUUAUCCUGCAUGCCCUUCAAAAUAAGUGCGGACGUAGCCCAAUAGGGAAAAUGGUUUUCAAACAGAUACAGAGAGAAGAGGAAUUUUAAAAGCUUGAAGACACAAAACUUAUGAGAGAACAUAUUUUAACAGAGACAAUCUAAUAUAUCUCUUUUUAGAUUCCUUGAUUUAUGAUUGGAGUAUAAGGAAAACCAAAUGUUUCCAUUAUCCCAAACUGUUUAUAAAUCUCUCUGUCUCUUUUUCUCUCACUCCUGUUAACUUGUCUCCUUCUUCUUUUUUUCUUUUAUUGUGAAUUUGUGCCUUUUUGUCAUCUAAAUCUCUAAUAACACUAUUGUACAUCAGAGACAUAAAGAAAUGAAUAAAGAAUCAAAGUGACUAUAUAA